AUGGGGCGCGCCGAGAAGCGGAUGGCCAAGAAGCGUUCGCGGAAGGGCCCGCAAUACCAGGGCGGGCGGCCGCUGCGCGCGCCGAGCGGAGCGAAAAGCAACGACGUGGUGCCGCGCAGCGUGGUGCUCGGGCGGCUGAAGGAGGUGCCUGUCUUUGGGCUGAUGAGCGCCGCGGGAGGACUCGUGCAGCAGGACGGCGAGGUGACGUACUACCUCUCGCCGCGCGAGGCGGAGAAAGCGCGCGCAGCCGUGGCGGGCGGCGCGAGGCUCGUCGCAAAGACGCUCGACGAGGCAAAGACCAUCCCGCAGGAGCGCGCCCUCGUGCAGCGCUGCAGCACGCCUCUCUUUUGCAUCGACGGGAUGCAGACCACCGCCACCGAGUCGGGGGCCACGUCGCUGCCCAUCUUCUUCUCAAAGGCUCGCUCGCCCAGCCCUCAGCUCCGCCCUAGCACGCAGGGCCGUCGGCGGGGGCCGAGGGACUGCAGCGGGAGCAUCGCCAUAUCGGCGGCGAUCGGGCUGCUCUUUUGUACACACGUUGACUUUGAUCGAUAA